GCUCAGGGAGACACGCGACGCCGGCCAGUCGUCCAUGAAGUGGGGCGCGCGGUGACCGUCCGGGACUGCUGCGUGUUCGGCGGGACGCAGUCAUGUGGACUCCCACGGAGGACGAGAAGAUCGGCGUGGUUAUCUGCAGCUUCAGAGGUUCGCUGACGCGGGGGCUGGCUCUGGAGGUCGGAGAGACGGUUCAGAUUCUGGAAAAAUGUGAAGGUUGGUUCAGAGGAUUCUCGGUGAGGAGGCCCAACGUCAAGGGAAUUUUUCCUGCGGCUUACAUUCACCUGAAGAAAGCGACUGUGACCAACCGAGGGCCCAACGAGACGGCCGUGCCUCUGGAGGACCCCAUCGUCACGGAGGUGACCUCAACGCUUCAGGAAUGGGCUUUGCUGUGGAAGCAGCUGUAUGUGAAGCACAAGGUGGAUCUGUUCUACAAGGUUCGCCACGUGAUGCUGGAGCUGAUCGACCUGCGGAGGCAGCUGCUGUCGGGUCACCUGACCCAGGACCAGAGCCGGGACGUGAAGAGGCACAUCACCGUCCGGCUGGACUGGGGCAACGAACACCUGGGGCUGGACUUGGUGCCACGGAAGGACUUUGAGAUGGUUGAUGAAGACCAGAUCAGCGUGUCGGACAUUUACAAGAUGCACCUGUCCAGCAGACACAGCGUCCAGCAGAGCACCUCACAGGGUGACAACAACAAGCAGCGCCAUGGGGAACCCUGCCGGGUUCCCGUCCCACACCACCUGCUGGUCAACCUGAAAAGCUUCUCCUACAACAGCAUCGGAGAGGACACGGACAUUUUCUUCUGCCUGUAUGACCUGAGGGAGGGGAAGGCCAUCAGUGAGAAGUUCAUGGUGCGGCUGAACAAGAACGGAGGUCCGAAGAACCCGGAGAAGGUGGACAGACUGUGUGCGCUCUUCACGGAUCUAAGCAACAAAGACAUGAAGCGGGACCUCUACAUCAUCUCUCAAGUCAUUCGAACAGGUCGCAUGUUAUUGAAUGACAGUAAGAAAGGCCCCCCCCACGUUCAGUACCGCCGACCGUACGGCUGCGCCGUCCUGGCCAUGAGUGACGUGCUGCAAACCAUCUCAGAACUGAAGGAGGAGAAAGACUUUGUCUUGAAGGUUUACACCUGCAACAAUGAGAAUGAGUGGUACCAGGUCCAUGACAACAUCAUCCGCAAGUCCAGCACCAAAUACACUGCACCCAGCAGCAACUACGGUCUGAUCAUCUCGCUGCAGCUGCUCAGAGGCGACAUGGAACUGGUCCGCAGAGAGAACCCGCUCAUUUUCAGCAAAGGGGUGGCCAUCACUCGGAAGCUGGGCUUCCCAGACGUCAUCAUGCCUGGUGACAUCCGUAACGACCUGUACCUGACUCUGGAGCGGGGGGAUUUUGAGAGGGGGGGGAAGAGCGUUCAGAAGAACAUCGAGGUCACCAUGUACGUCCUCUACGCCGACGGAGAGAUACUGAAGGACUGCAUCAGCCUGGGAUCGGGGGAGCCCAGCUUCCCGGAGUAUCGCUCCUUCGUGUUGUACCACAACAACAGCCCCCGCUGGAGCGAGGUGGUGAAGCUGCCCAUCCCCAUCGACCGCUUCCGCGGAUCCCACCUGCGCUUCGAGUUCCGCCAUUGUUCCACAAAGGACAAAGGAGAGAAGAAGCUGUUUGGGUUUGCCUUCACUCCUCUGAUGAGGGAGGACGGGACCACUCUGUCGGACGACAGCCACGAGCUCUACGUCUACAAGUGUGAUGAGAACACCACCUUCAGUAACCACGCCCUCUACCUGGGCCUCCCCUGCUGUAAGGAGGACAUCAACAGCUGCCCCAGCAUCCCGUCCAGCCUGGUGUUCCAGCGCAGCAGCAAGGAGACCUUCUGGAUCUCCACCCAGCUCUCCUCCACCAAACUGACUCAGAAUGUGGACCUGCUGGCGCUCCUGAAGUGGAAGGCUCAUCCCGAGCGCGUCAUGGACAUCCUGGGACGCCUUCGACACGUCAGCGGAGAAGAGAUCGUCAAGUUUCUUCAGGACAUCCUGGACACCCUGUUCUCCAUCCUGGACGACAACACAGAGAAGUAUGGGCCGCUGGUCUUCCAGUCUUUGGUGUUCAUCAUCAACCUGCUCAGGGACAGUAAAUAUUACCACUUCAGGCCCGUCAUGGACACCUACAUCCAGAAACACUUCGCUGGCGCCCUCGCCUACAAAGAGCUGAUCCGCUGCCUGAAGUGGUACAUGGACCGCUCCGCGGAGGUGGUGAGGCAGGACCACAUUCAGGAGGCCAUGAGGGCCCUGGAGUACCUGUUCAAGUUCAUCGUCCAGUCCCGCAUCCUCUACUCUCGGGCCACCUGUGGGAUGGAGGAGGAGCAGUUCCGAAGCAGCAUCCAGGAGCUCUUCCAGUCCAUCCGCUUCGUCCUGAGUCUGGACAGCCGCAGCUCAGAGACGCUCCUCUUCACGCAGGCCGCGCUGCUGAACUCCUUCCCCGCCAUCUUUGAUGAGCUGCUGCAGAUGUUCACGGUGCAGGAGGUGGCGGAGUUCGUGCGGGGCACUCUGGGCAGCAUGCCGUCCACUGUGCACAUAGGACAGUCCAUGGAUGUGGUGAAGCUGCAGUCCAUUGCUCGGACUGUGGACAGCAGGCUCUUCUCGUUCCCGGAGUCACGAAGGAUCCUGCUCCCUGUGGUCCUCCAUCACAUCCACCUGCACCUGAGGCAGCAGAAGGAGCUGCUCAUCUGCUCAGGAAUCCUCGGCUCCAUUUUCUCCAUCAUCAAGAACAGCUCCAUGGACACGUCGGUGCAGGAGGAGGUGGAGAUGAUGGUGGAGUCGCUGCUGGACGUCCUCCUGCAGACUCUUCUGUCCAUUAUGAGCAAGAGCCAAUCGCAGGAGGCGGUAAGGGGUCAACGCUGUCCGCAGUGCACCGCGGAGAUCACUGGAGAAUACGUGUCCUGCCUCCUGUCGCUUCUCCGUCAGAUGACUGACGUCCACUUCCAGCACCUGAUUGAAAACUUUCAGAGCAAAGAGGAGUUGAAGGAGUUCCUGCUGAAGAUCCUGUGUGUGUUCCGGAACCUGAUGAAGCUCAGCAUUUUCCCCAGAGACUGGAAUGUCAUGAGACUGCUCACCAGCUACAUCAUCUUGACCACGGCGCAGCACCUUUCUCCUGCUCUGCACAAGAACUUCACCCAAACUGACUUCGACUUUAAGGUGUGGAACUCCUACUUCAGUCUGGCUGUUCUCUACAUCAACCAGCCCAGUUUACAGCUGGAGAACCUGAGUCCAGCUAAGAAAAAGAAGGUUCUGGAUCGGUAUGGAGACAUGAGAGUGAUCAUGACCUACCAGCUGUUCAGCAUGUGGCAGAACCUGGGGGAGAAUAAGAUCCAUUUCAUCCCCGGCAUGAUCGGGCCCUUCCUGGGCGUGACGCUGGUCCCUCAGGUGGAGCUGAGGAACAUCAUGAUUCCCAUCUUCCAUGACAUGAUGGACUGGGAGCAGCGCAAGAACGGGAACUUCAAACAGGUGGAGGCGGAGCUGAUCGAUAAGCUGGACAGUUUGGUGUCAGAGGGCAAAGGCGACGAGAACUACAGGGAGCUCUUCGGCUUGCUAACCCAGCUGUUUGGGCCGUAUCCCAGUCUGCUGGAGAAGAUCGAGCAGGAGACGUGGAGGGAGACGGGGACCUCCUUUGUGACGUCCGUCACGCGGCUGAUGGAGCGCCUGCUGGACUACAGGGACUGCAUGAAGGGAGACGAGACAGAAAACAAGAAGAUCGGCUGCACCGUCAACCUGCUGAACUUCUACAAGUCAGAGAUCAACAAAGAGGAGAUGUACAUCCGCUACAUCCACAAACUGUGUGACAUGCACCUGCAGGCGGAGAACUUCACAGAGGCGGCGUUCACGCUGCUGCUGUACUGGGAGCUGCUGCGCUGGGAAGAGCGCCCCCUGAAGGAGUUCCUGCAUUAUCCGGCCCAGAGCGAGUGGCACCGCAAGGAGAGCCUCUGCCGCAAAGUGAUCCACUACUUUAACAAGGGAAAGUGCUGGGAGUUCGGCAUUCCUUUGUGCCGGGAGCUGGCCUUCCAGUACGAGUCCCAGUACGACUACCAGAGCCUCAGCUGGAUCCGGAAAAUGGAAGCAGCUUAUUAUGACAACAUCAUGGAGCAGCAGCGUCUGGAGCCGGAGUUCUUCCGAGUCGGCUUUUACGGCAGGAAGUUCCCUUUCUUCCUCAGAAAUAAGGAGUUUGUUUGUCGAGGUCACGACUACGAAAGGUUAGAGGCCUUCCAGCAAAGGAUGCUGGGAGAAUUUCCACAAGCCAUCGCAAUGCAACACCCGAAUCAACCCGACGAGGCCACGCUGCAGUGUGACGCGCAGUACCUCCAGAUCUACGCCGUCACUCCGGUUCCAGACAGCGUGGGCGUCCUUCAGAUGGAGCGGGUUCCGGACCGUAUCAAGAGCUUCUAUCGGGUCAACAACGUUCGGCGGUUUCGUUAUGACCGCCCCUUCCACAAAGGACUGAAAGACAGAGAAAACGAGUUCAAGAGUCUGUGGAUCGAGAGGACCACUCUGAUCCUCAGCCACCCUCUGCCUGGGAUCUCACGGUGGUUUGAGGUGGAGAAGAGAGAGCUGGUGGAGGUGAGUCCUCUGGAGAACGCCACGUCUGUAGUGGAAAACAAGAACCAGGAGCUGCGGACUCUGAUCAGCCAGUACCAACACAAGCAGCUGCACGGGAACAUUAACCUACUGAGCAUGACGCUGAAUGGCGUCAUCGACGCCGCUGUCAAUGGAGGCAUCGCCAGAUACCAGGAGGCUUUCUUUGAUAAAGAUUACAUCACGAGUCAUCCUGAAGACACGGAGAAGAUCACGCAGCUCAAAGACCUGAUGCAGGAACAGGUCCAUAUUUUAGGCUUGGGCCUGGCCGUGCACGAGAAGCUGGUGCACCCGGAAAUGCGUCCCCUGCACAAGAAGCUGAUAGAUCAGUUCCAGAUGAUGAGGAACAGCCUCUGCCAUGGUCUGCCUGGCUUAGACAAGGCUGGAACCAUCCCCCCCAGAGGGAUCUUGGCCUCCCACAGUCCCAUGAGUCCAGAGAGCUUCAAGCUGAUGCACCGCCACAGUCCCAUCGCUGUUUUGACUCCUGUUCGCCUUUCUUCCCCUCCUGUCUUCUCGAACAAUUCCAGUGAGUCUGGAAAUCUGCUGAUCCUGGCGGACGGUUUGGUGGUGGAGCAUCCGGAGGACUACUACCGCAUGCAGGCAAGCCCUUCCUCCUCAAGUCUAAGCUCCACCCACUCAGCACCAUCUCAGAUGAUAAACUCCAACCCCUCGUCUAUUAGGGUGGGCUCCCCCUCCCUGCCGGACAAAUACAGACACAACAGGGAAAUGCUGAUGCUGCUGCCGCCCCACCGGGACCGGCCCAGCAGCGCCAUGUACUCCAACAUCACCGACAACGGACAGACACAGAACUUCCAGCGAGCGUUGUUCCACCAGGUGAUUGGUCCGUGCAAACCCUGCAGUGACCCUAACCUGUCUGUGGCAGAGAAAGUCCUCACUGCUCCCAGCAGCUGGAGUUUGGACAGUGGUACCAGAGAAGCCCUCCCCUUCUUCUCGUCACAUGUGGGUGGAGUCAUAGCACCACCUGUUCCUCCUCGCAACAUUCCUCAUGGACACCACCUGUCGAUGCACUUUGAUGCUUUCCACCACCUGGUCAGCGACCCUCCUCCAGCCCUCCCUGCGCGCUCCCUAAGAAAGCCCCCUGUCCUGCCCCCCAAACCUUUUCACAGAGAGGGCUGCAUCCCUGAAGAGGACUUCCUGAUCAGCCAGCCAGGGGUCCCCCCUCCUCCGGCGCCUCGGCCUUUGCCGCGCAAAAUCUCCCAGCCCAUAAUCGCCGCCGCCAAGGAGGAGCAGGCCAAGGUGGCGUGGGAGCACGGCGUCAGCAAGGACUGAGUGGGGGCUCGCCAAGUCUGAAGAACUAACAAACAGGUGAGGAGGAGGGCCUCCUCAAAGAGCUGGGGGGGGGCGGACUUUCCACUGAACCCCUCAAACCUGAAGCUUUUCCUCACGGCGCCCGCCGGGAAAGCCUCACGCCGUUACGGCCGCCAGAACACGUUUGCUCUUCUCUGAGUCCCAGCUUCUCCUCUCAGCUGGAUCAGGUUCUGGAACUCCUGCAGGGAUCUCCUCAAACCCUGAAGCAGGUCGAUGGGAGCAGACGCUGCUCCACAGACGUCCAGAUGAAGGCAGACAGCCGAGGGUCAAAGGUUAUCAUGUCCCACAGAGGAGAUGAGCAGCUCUCUGGUCCAUGAAGGGAGAGGUGAAGAGAUCAGGUUUGAUGAUGAGGAGGGUCGGUGGGAACAACCAGUCUGCCCCCCCCUUCCUGAAGCUGCAUCAUCAGAGGUCCAGAGGACGAAGGACAGACGAGCUUCUGAUGAAGACGUCUUCAUUGUCCAAAGUUCUGACACCUGAAGAGCAUGUGUGACCUGGUUCUGUUUUGUGUUCUGUUGGUUGAUCCGGAGGUGACCACGGACGCGUGCUGGCUUCCGUUUCCUGUUCUCUUUGUGUUGUGACUUCUUCUCCUUUGACUGAACGUCAACAGUUUUCCUGAUCAAACUUGUUUCUGUUCAACAUCUCAGGCGGUCUGCUCCCUCUUCUGGAAUAUUCUGGGAUGUUCUUCUUCAUGUUCUGGUCCACACGUGUCUGUCUUUACUGUUUCAUGGAGAGUUUAGGAGGAAUCAGGUCACAUUCAGCUGCAAACGUUUAGAUAUUUAUCUUCAAAUAUGAGUUGAUCUUUUUUAACCUCUAUUUAAUUUAAAGAUCCAGUUUUAUUUUAUUUAAAAACCUCCUAACAUUGAGCUUUAUGCGGUCAGGCUUAGUUCUGUGUGUUUUUCUUCAUUCCUCUCGUCUCAUGAGGUUUGCUGGAGAUGUUUGGACACAACAACUGUUUAUCUGCUGAUCUCUGAAGGAUUCUGCAUCGUCUUCCUCCCUUUAAAGACCAGAAUGUUUCUGUCUCUCCUGCUCCUCCCUAAUGAAGCUUCAAACCCUCAAACUUUCCUGGUUGAGUACUUAUAGCAUCCUGAUGAGACGUUUCCAUCAGAACGUUUCACAGCAGCCACGUUCAGGAGCAGAAACAGAUGAAGCUCCGCCUGCUUCCUGAAUAGCUGAAGAGAAAAUGUUUUUUGGGAAAGUUUUAGUUUCACUAAAACCUUCAGUUUAGUUUGCAGACUCCAGGAACACGGUGGAGGAGUGAGAGGAAGCGGUGCUUGUGUAGCGCGACCGCCAUGUUUGUCCUGUUUUUAACCUCCAGACAGAAAGAAAAGCUGGUUUAGUUUUCUGUUCAGGGCAGCUGAAACAUUUGUAUUCUCACUGUUUUUGACAAAGCUCUAUGUCUUUGGUGGCAAUGGCGUUCACCUGAGCGCGUCUCCAUGGCGAUACCGUGUAAAUACUCCUGUUUUCCUACUCACUAAGCAAAGUUCUGUACUGUGGAUUCACCUUCAUCAUAUUAAAUACUAUUGAAGAACCCUGA